CGGCCGUCUCAUUCCUGGCAAAAAACAACAACAACGCAUGGCCGCCCGUUACAGUGGCCAGAUCUCCACGCUUUCUCCGCCAUCUUAAAAUUGGGCAGGGGAGACAAGGGAGUCAAAUACAGCGCUGCUUGGUCAACGGGCCUCCUUUCAACUGCCAAGUGUCCCGGAAGUCGAGUGAGGGAAGAGGAAGUCUAGUGAGGAGGUGCCACUUGGCCUUCAUGGCAACAGCUGAGGGAGCCGGGCAUAUGCUGGCGGCAGGGAUGGUGGCGGGAGGCUGAGGCACAGGCCGUUUCCCGGGCUCCCUCGUAGCUUUCUCGCUCUGCGUUGAGAGCUGCGUGACGGGAGCCGGCCUGCCUGCCUGCCCGCUUGCACCGCAAAGGCGCCUGUCCUUCGAGCUGCGGGUCCGAGGGACGGGAGGCAGCCUCUCUCCGGGGGCUGGUUCAGGGCCUCCGAGCCUCUCCGCGGAGGCAGCGGGCGCUUGGGGCGGACGGGGCCUUUGGGGGAAUUUCCGAAGUCCCAGGCGCGCAGGUGUCUCGCGGGGUCUCGGCCUGUUCCGGGCGCGGGAGGAGGCGCCGCUGUCCCGCUCGCUGCUUAAUGCGGCCCCUGAGGCUGGCUCCCCUUCCGCAGCCGGGAAGGCGAAUCCUCUCGUGAGUCGGAGCCCCUGCGAACAGCUCGGCCGAGGAGCAGAAGCCGGCCAUGGAUGACUUCUUGUCGAUCAGUUUGCUCUCUCUGGCUAUGCUGGUUGGCUGCUACGUGGCCGGGAUAAUCCCUUUAGCGGUGAACUUUUCCGAGGAAAGGUUGAAGCUGGUCACAGUCCUUGGUGCUGGACUUCUUUGUGGAACUGCCUUGGCUGUUAUUGUGCCUGAAGGAGUACAUGCACUUUAUGAAGAUAUCUUGGAGGCAAAGCACCACCCAGCUAGCGAGACUCAAAAGAUGGUUGAAUCAGAAAAAGCAGCAGAUGUGCUUGUAGUACAUGACCAAGUCCACAGCCAUGACCAUUCAAGGCUACAUGCUUAUAUUGGUGUUUCCCUGGUCCUUGGGUUUGUCUUUAUGCUUCUGGUAGAUCAGAUUGGCAGCUCUCAUGUCCAUGCUACAGAUGACCCAGAAGCAGCAAGGCCGGGCAAUUCCAAAAUUACUACCACACUGGGGCUAGUUGUUCAUGCUGCAGCUGAUGGUGUUGCCUUGGGUGCAGCUGCUUCCACAUCUCAGACCAGUGUCCAGCUAAUAGUGUUUGUUGCGAUUAUGUUACAUAAGGCACCAGCUGCUUUUGGUCUUGUUUCCUUUCUAAUGCACGCUGGUCUUGAACGGAAUCGAAUCAGGAAGCACUUGCUGGUUUUUGCACUUGCAGCCCCAGUUCUGUCAAUGGUGACUUACUUGGGACUAAGCCAGAGCAGCAAACAAGCACUUUCAGAAGUCAAUGCCACUGGAGUCGCCAUGCUUUUCUCUGCUGGAACUUUUCUAUAUGUUGCCACAGUUCACGUUCUCCCUGAAGUGGGCGGAAUGGGACAUAGCCACAAACCUGACUCUGCUGGAGGCAAAGGACUCAGUCGCCUGGAGGUGGCAGCAUUAGUUCUGGGCUGCCUGAUUCCUCUGAUUCUGUCCAUUGGACACCAGCAUUAAAGGUCUGAAGUGCAGCAAUCUUCUCCUCAGUCUCUGAUGUGAGCAGCAAUCUGGUGUGUCAAGCUGCCCUUUUAUCAUUGUCUCUCUUACCCUGUGAACCACCCCAUCUGUUUUAAGGAGUCUGAGAGAAGCAAAGGAGGAUUUCUGGGAAAGCUUGUUAGCAUAGGAGAUGAUAUUCUCGACAGCCGGAUAUAAAUUCUGCAUAACUUCCCUUUUCUGAAGAUGUUUUAAUUAUGACUUCCUGCCCUAUUCUCAGGGAAGUUGGAACUUAGAGAUUCUAUGGAGAUGAUUUGGGAAGGACUUUGUGGCUCAUCAUGAAAGCAUAAUCAAAAGUAUUCUAUAUGUCAGCAUUCACAGCUGACCUCUUGACAUUGGAUGCUUCCUUCUGACAUCUGGGACUAGUUUUCACCUCCAAGAUUUUUCAUGUGAUAAUCAUGGCAUAACUAUCUUGGGAGACGCAUCUGGUGAAGAAACAUCAACGAGAUAAAGUCCUAGAAAAGAUAUAUACAAGUUAAACAGCUUGAUAUGAUAUUUAUAUUGCAUUACUAGGAAGCACAUCUAUUGUGUCCCUUGAGUGUUAUCAUCAAUAUGGUAGAAUCAAGGAGUCACAUUGGGCUGAAAGUUAGGUGGUUCUGAGCGCAGAGGGGUAUGUGCUUAUUGAAAUGGACACUGAGCACACAUACAAAGGCUUAUUCUGCUAAAAUAGACUAAGGUAAGCACUGUUCAUUAAGAGUGAAGGGUGCCCAAAGCAUUUACCUAUACAGAAGCAAGGACCUUAACAUUUCCUGUUAUUACAAACAAGAAACAUCCCAAAUUGUGAGCCUGUCUGAAUUGAGCCUCCUUUUCUUUCUGAAAUCUGAUUCUGAAAUAUUUGAAUAUGAAAUAUUUCAAUCAACAUUGAGUGUAACUGCAAUUCUGAAAUGCGGUGCCUUUCCAUGGAGAAGAUCCUUCCUUUUGGCCUAUAAACUUAACUUCAUUGUGAAAGAAACUGUAAGAGCCAUAGGGAGAAACCUAAAAUAUCUGAAAGUAUAUGUACAUUCUUGGUGCACAAUUUUUACUUCAAUUUGAAACCUUCACUUCUAUUGUUCUUCAGUUAAUGGUCAUUUUACCUUAAAAACCACACACACACAAAGCAAGAAGAUGAAUUAGCAGUUUUUUGUAGCACUGGUUAUUCUACGUGACAAAUGUUUUCCCAUCUUUUCACAGCCCAGUAGCUCUUACAGUUCUGAUCUCUUCCAUGCCUUCUUCACAUCCUGUAGUUGUUUGGCACAGAAUACUGGUAUGAUUCCUCAUGAAGGUUUUGUUUUAAUGGGUGAUUCUUGCAGUGGCAGUCAAGGUCAAAAUUUCACCAGGGACCUAAGUGAAAAAUCCACAAAGAAUCAAUAUUAUAUGUAUCGUAUUUUCUGAAGGCUUAUUAUUGAUCUAAUUUAAAAGAUCUCAGCAGGCCUCCCCAGUGUAAUCCAUUCUACCGGGUGUAGCCUACCCGGCUACACCAUUAGAAGCUUGAAUAAAACACCUGUUGUUGUUCUUUGCCUACCUGGGGCUGUAAGAACCCACAGCUGCUGGGCUUUGUGCAACACAGGUUAUAUAGGCCUGCUUUUAAAAGUAAAAAUGCUUUUGUACUGAUCAAGAGUCUUUUUUGAAGAAGAAACUCUUCUCUAUGUUGAAAAUAGAAUUACUCUUAAAUCUUGUAACAAAGAAAAGGUACUGACACCUGAUAUGUGAACGAAGAUGUGCAUGCCAUAUCUUCAUCGUUGAUGACCAAAGGUAAGUUGGGCACAAGUAUAAUUAAAGGCUCGAUUUGGCCUACUGUGAUGGGGAAGAUGAUGAGAAAGCUGUUCCUGAGCUGGCAGAGAGGGAAACCGCAAAAAUGGGAACUUGUGGGUAAACGGCAAACUAUCUAGACAUAGAAGCAAUGGGUGUAGGAAUGGGAAUUGAACCGCACUUAAAAUAAUUUUUCCUAGUAUAUUUAUUAUUUGAGAGUCAGCGUUGUGAUGCUGGUAUCUUGAAAAUCCUGCUGUUGGCCAGAGUUGCCUUUAGCUGCUCGUUACAUUUUGGAAAGUGGCCAGUACCUGCCUAUAUUGGAUCACUUCGUAUUUAUGAAAACAAGGCCUGCCAAUUCUGCCAUCCCUGUUCAUGAACUUUUGGCCCAUUAUGCCACUGGUAGGAUGCCUUCAUUGGACUUCUGUCCUUGAUUUAUAGGGCUGCAUCUAGAGCAUUUGAGAUAGGAUCUAGAGUUAUACUGUAUACCUCUCACACUAGAAUUAUACUGUAUGCGUCAAUUUAAGAGCGACAAGUCAUAGAGGCAGUGUGUCAAGAUCUUGUGAGGUUAAAAUGUUGCCAGAAGCAACCUGAUUUUCCACUCUGGUGAUGAGGGUGUCUAGUUGCUUCAUUUGCUAACUACCACAAGAAAAGUAGGUAACAAAAAAGGGGAAUCUUUACAUUAACGACAACCAGAUGUUUCAUCUCUUGUAUCUGUUGGAAUCCUAACUUUAAAGAAUCUUCCAGAUUGGUCAUGGUAAAUGUGGAUUUAUUUCAAUCUUCACUUGAAAUGAGGGCUUUGUAGUCUAGUUCUGCUCUUAGUUCUUAGUAGUAAAAUACAAAUUCCAAUCUAGGCUUCACAGUAGACUCCUGGGAGCCAUAGACUGCUGAGGAUAAAGGGAUUUAUUAUUUGUAACUACUUAAAAAUUCAUGUACUUCCAUUAUUCAUGUCAGUUUUGGACUGAGUUGAAAGUGGAAAUCAGUUUAAGUGGAAAUCAGUUUAAGAUGAGCUCUAUCUGUGCAACAUUGUUUGGUCAUUUAAUUGGCUAUUCUGCUAUCAUUCACAAAACAGGGACGAUCUCUUGCCUGAGUUAAACUUGUUUUAUAACAGCUAACAGGACAGCAGAACAGACAUAUCAAGGGAACACCGAAUCUCCAAAUUGUGGAAGAAAACUUCUCAGAAUAACUGAAAAUUAUAAUUUGAAACAGCAGGGGGGAAAAUUCAGCUGCUCAGAGGGCUCAACAACUCAGACACUCAGAGCAAGCUUGCAUUUGUAGCCAUCUGUAUUCAAAUGGGGAAAACCUGAACCUGUGUAUGUACUGUUGUGUUAUGCUCUUUAUGAUGAACCACAGGAGACUUGGGUGGGUGCGUGUGCUUACAGAGACAUUUGAAAAUUGAAUGUCUACUUCAAAAGGAAAUCAGCUUUUCUGUGCUUUGGUUAUGUUUCUGAGCAGCUCAGACUGUGGGCACAGCUAUAUACCGGAUUCUGUGUACAAAAGUGUAAUUUUAAUCUUUUUUCCAAAUCAUUUGUACACAUGAAAUCAUUCCAUGGAUGGCUGCCUUAUUUUUGAUUUUUUUCCCCUCCACUUUGUGAACAUUUUAAAAAAUGUUUUUAUUAUAUUAAAAUUUUUAUUAGCUGCA